AAAUAAGUUCAGUUUGAUAUUCAAUCAUUAAUUAAUGAUGAUAUAUAUAUAUGUUAAAGUAAUUUGUUUAUUACAGAAUAUUAUUUUUAUUGAAUAUAAAAUGACCAUUUUUGAAAGAAAAAUAUAAAAAAUAUUUAAAUACAUAUAAAUUUAAUGAGAUUAAAAUUAAAUACAUUAGUUAAACAUUUAAAACAUAAAUUACGUAGAUAAAGAUUCAAAAUCAAAACAUAAAAAAAAAAUUAAAGCAGAACUAUUAAAAAAACAUGUCAAAUGCUUAUUUAAAUGAAAUUUUAGUUUUAAAUGUAUGUAUAUGUCAAAAUAAUAAUAAAUUAAAAUUUUAAAGUUAUAAUAUAAAUUUUAUACUAUUCUUAAAAAUAUUUUAUAAAAUUUAACAAUUUUUUAGAAAAAUAUUAUAAAUUUUGUUGA